AUGGCAGCUUCAUUCAGCGUUCCAAGAUACGAUUACACACCGUGUGCUGCGUGCAAGUUCUUGAAGAGAAAAUGCCUACCAGAUUGCAUCUUUGCCCCUUACUUUCCAGCUGAAGAGCUCCAAAAAUUUAUAAGUGUGCACAAAAUCUUUGGCGCAAGCAACGUGGCAAAGCUCUUGAACGAGGUCCUCCCUCAUCAAAGAGAAGACGCAGCGAGUACUCUGUCCUAUGAAGCAGAGGCACGCCUGAGAGAUCCUGUUUACGGUUGCGUUGGUGCUAUUUCUAUUCUGCAAUUGCAAGUUGAGCGGCUUCAAAAGGAACUCGAUGAGGCUAAUGCAGAAUUGGUCAGUUACCAUUGUUGUUAUCAUCCGAAUAUGAGUGGUACUAUUGCUACACUGCCAGCACCUAGCGCGGUGCCUAUUAAUCCAGUGUGUGAUUAUGCUCAGAUUCCCCCACAAAUAAGGCCGGUUGAUUUAAUUAAUACAGGAGAAGCUGAAGUCUGUAGUUAUUAUCAAACACCUUCCUCUGUCACAUUUCCACCGAAUGACGAUACAAAUGUUCCAGAUCAAGGAGGAGCUGCUGGACAAGGACUUUUAUUCAAUGAUUCUGCUUCUCUGAUUUAG